CACCUGACUGACCAGAUGACAGACACGUGACCAGUAAAGACGACUCAUAACAGCGCGAGUAACUUUGUGUUCCUCAGAAGUUAAUUUAAUAAAGUUUAAUAAGUUUGAUGAUUGGACGAUGCGCGGGCUGAUCUGUGGACCCAAACUCGCCGCCUGUGGGCUCGUGCUGAGUCUGUGGGGAGUCAUCAUGCUGUCCAUGUUGGGGAUUUUCUUCAUCACUCACUCAGCCGUGCUGAUCGAAGACGUGCCGUUUGAAGAGGCAGACAUUCACCAGGAUAAUCCUCAGAAGAUCUACGAGCUCUAUGAUAAAGUCGGGUAUAACUGCAUCAUCGCCGCCGCCGUCUACGUCUUCUUUGGAUCGUUUUCGUUUUGCCAGAUGAAACUCAACAAGCGGAAGGAUUACCUGGUGCAUUAGCGCCCCCUGCUGGCCUGGAGGCUGACUGCUGGUUAAAGGAGCGUGAUCGCUGAGCGAGCGGAUUGAAAGAUGAAGAGGAUUGUAGAAUAAACUGUUCAUAAAUGUCUGUACUGUAACAGGAAUGUGUUUGAUGUUAAUUUAUUUCAGGUGUCGUCUCUUUGAACAAGCUGAGAAACGUCUGUGAUUGGAUGUGAUGAAACGUUGAUUUCAUGGUCACAGUUUCAAACAAUAAAAAGUGUAUGCAAUCAA